AUGCAUGACGGCGCAAAGAACACUUUAAGCUUUGUCUGGGAUUCACAGAAAAUCGUUCUGCUUCCAUCCAAGGAUUCAUCGAUCUCACUACCGCCGCUUACUCCACCACCGACAGAACCACUUCCUACGCGCGCUAUUGCUCCACCUCGCUCAAAACCGACAAUCACAACCCUUGCAACACUCCUCUGUUCUUAUACGACGUUUAUCGCAGAAUUUCAAACUGAAGGUUAUACACUCGCUUUAGUACCCACCGCAGGUCAGAGUAACGCCCAGUCAUCACUUCCACCGGCAUUAACAUCGGUGCUCAAUGACUUUGGAGACGCCUUUCCAACGGAACUACCAGAAGGACUACCUCCACUUCGGGAUAUUCAACAUCAAAUCAAUUUGUCUCCUGGCGCGACGCUACCAAAUAGACCACACUACCGCAUGAGCCCACUUGAACACGAAGAAUUAAGAAGAGAGGUCGAAGAUCUUCUGCGUAAAGGCCACAUUAAAGAGAGUCUCAGUCCGUGUGCUAUACCUGCUCUCUUAAUACCCAAAAAGACGGUUCAUGGCGCAUGUGUGUAG